AUGGAUCUUACGCUUGUCAUUAAGGUCCUAGGACGUCGCAUAUCUUACAACGUCCUCCAUAACCGUAUUUUCAACAUAUGGCAGACUACACAUCCAAUAAAGCUUAUGGACAUCGAGAAUGUUUUUUUUGUGAAAUUCAGCGCAAAGAGAGACUACCUUAAAGUGCUAACGGAGGGCCCUUGGUCCAUCUUCGGUCACUACAUUUCAGUCGAACCGUGGUCUCCCGAUUUUCAACCCUCCCAGUCGGUUCCAAGUCGUAUUAUGGCAUGGGUUCGAUUACCUUUUUUGCCAGCUGUCCUAUACAAAAGAAGUCUCAUUGAAGCUAUAGGGAACCAGAUUGGCUUGGUCAUCAAAAUUGAUUAUCAAACCAAUAACAGCUGCCGUGGACGUUUCGCUCGCAUGGCCAUCAAUAUCAAUCUCAAGAAGCCCCUCUUCUCGAAAGCCAACACAAACUUGCAAGAAUCUGAGGCUGUCACGGUGUCUGAUCCUCCGAGACCGGAGAACGUCAUCCCUGAAGAACUCUACGGGCCCUGGAUGCUCGUUAAACAUAGACAAGAAAGGAAACCGUGCCAAAACAUAUCUCCAACAGCUGCAAUUAAGGAGGUUACCAUUUCUAAUUCCAAAUUCAACCCCAUUUUUGAAGCUGAUCACGAUACUCUCUCUGAUCCCACCCCAGGAAACCAAGCCGCAAUUGAUGUCACUAUUCGUGCCACUCAUCAAGCCAUUACUUCCAAUCAAAACAUGCCUUCCAACGAUUCCAACACCGUUAAUAAUUCCCUCCCUAAACCUUCUGCCUCUAAAGCUAAAAAUAAGGGGAAAACACAAGUUUCCUUACGUAAACCUCCAACUUUCGCUCCACCUCAAAAACCUUCUGGGCAUGCCUCUAGCUCCAACUCGGCAGCUGCCAUCACCUUGCUUUCAAACCAUCGAUCCUCUUCUCUUAAGCCUUAUGCUCCUGUUAACCCUAAACUGCCUUCCAUUCAUCGCAGUUCUUCUUUACCUCAGCUUCCUCAUAGCUCUCCUAACAUUUUGGACCCUUCGAAACAUGUUGCUAUUACCCUCAACGAUAGUGCCAACCCGCCCUUGCCUUUGGAAGUUACUACAGGUUCUUCUGCUCUUCGUUCCUCCAAUCGGUUAAAUAGUGUAGAAGCUUCGGUUGAUGGCCCCCAGGCCAUGGUUGAAUAA